UCAACUGCAGAGCGGGAAGACGAUAGUGUCAAUACUUCGUUUGUUUGGAAGAUAAUCGCUGCAUGUGGAUUUACGAACAUUCAAAAUGCCUUGAUAAUUUAGAUAGAGGUUACUAGACAAUAUGGCCGAUGCCAAGAUGUUGAAGAGACAGCUUGCAGAGGCAGUAAAGAUCAUAGCUGAUUUGAAGAAAAGUCUUGGAAUCUAUGAAUGUAGGAAAUCUAUCUGUAGAUUUCUUGAUGAUUUCUUUGGAGAUAUUGAUGUUGUGUCAGAAUCCUUAAAGAACCAUGGCGACAAGAGUGAGUGCUUUCACAUGUUGAUGUGGUGCCUGCACUGUCUCAGGAAUGAGCCCCAGAUCUACAUCCUCCUCCACCCGACCACCGACACCAGUGUCACAGCACCAAAACCCGGGGAGGUCAAGAGUGAAACACAGCUUUCACAAGCGUUCUGCAUGUGGUUUAUUGGCCGCCUUGUGCGUCUGCUGGGUCGACCGGAGUGCACCAUUCUGCACCAGCAGUGCCUGGAGAUCAUCAGACAGGUGCUGCUGGUGGUCCGGGUCAAGCAUCUCUACGUCUUCAAACAACUAGCAGCGGAGAUAGUCCACGCGCUGGGAGAGUUGGUGCAGAUCAAUGACCAGCUGUAUUCACCAGACCCUCCAGAGUUUGUGACUCUGUCAAGGUUCCAAGUUCCUCUGGAGAAGGUCAAACAAAGUCAUGUGGAACCUGGCAAGAGUGUGGAAGCAGAAGGUCUGACCCUGCAGGACAUGAAGAUCAACAUUGCAGAUCCCUGUCACUGUGAACUGCUGCAGAUCAACCUCACGAAGAUAGUCCACGGCUCGCUGCAUGAGGUCUGUGUGGUAGACCCGCACCAUGUUCAGUUGUUGUGGGGAUGUCUGUGCUGCCAUCUGGAGUUUGGGGACAUCCAGCUGAAAAUAUGUUCCCUGUCCCUCCUGUCCGACAUCCUGGCCUCGACCGGUCUGCCCACGCUGGUGAUGGACUACUUCCUGGGCUGUGUGGCCGGCCUGCUGGAGUUCCUGCUGACCGACUGUGAUGAUGUGCCAGAUAGUGAGUUACAAGAACUUGAAGAAAACAGUGCCUUGAUGAUGAAUGGCCUCAUAGCAGCAGAUGCAAAGCCCUUCAAGAUAAACCAGGUGUCUGUUGGCCAGGCUGAGGACCAGCUGAAAAGACUUGCUGACAUGGCUGUGAAACUCGGGCUGACUGGUCUCCGCACUGACAACAUGAGGCAGGCAAUGUCACACUGGAUCUGUCACCUUCUAGGAAAGUUCCCGGCUGACCUCAGACACAGCCAACUGUUCUGCUACUACCGACAGCAGCUCAUGAGGGCAUUGUUUGGAGUCUUUGGAUCAACAAUAUCUUACGAGUUCAUUGUGAACCCCUUGCAUCAGCUCAUUGUGAUCGAUCUUCAAGGUCAGCUGCCAAAACAAGGGGAGACAACCAGGGUAGAUGUUGAGCAGGACCGGAAGGAUAAACACAAGAGACCAGGACUAUCACAGAAGCGAAAAAGAAAGCCGUCAGAUGACGAUGAGGGCAACCUCGAGAAGCAAUCCGCCACCUUCAAACAGGCUAUGCAGAAACUGAGGAUGUCCAUCAUCAACAGAAAGACAGACCACAUGUCAUGUCUGAAGAUCAUACAGACAGUGAUUGAGCUGGCGGCAAGGGGAAUUGUCCACUGCCAGAAUACCACAGGGGAGGACCGUCCUUGUGUCCUGCAGACCUGGCUGAGCAAGCAGCUUCUACGGCAGUUCUAUGACGUCUGGGCAGAGUACUUGUUUCAGGAUAAGACCGAACUGUCCCCAGCCACCAUCAACACAGGCGUCCUCAUCAUCAUACAGUCUAUAGGAACUCUACUGGCACUGCAGGAUUCAGUUCUAUCCGACAUUGAUAUUCUGACAGAUUUUGCUUGGAUACUGUCAUUGCCAUGGUUACCAAAUGACCUGUCCUGGCUGGACCUUAGGCCUGUCAGGGCCAAGGAGAUUGCCCAGCUCAGCAACACUCUGUCUGAUGUCAUUGAGACAGCCACAUUGUGUGAGAGUCUGAGGGUCCUGUCUCUGCUGCCCAAAGAUGUGGCAUCAAAAUGGAGGAUCCAUAUCUUCACUCAAACUUUCGCUGACAGCAGUGCAGACAUCCGCCUGGCGUCACUUCAGGUUAUGCCAGAAUUCCUCUUCAACCUUGGACCGAAUGGAAACCAUCUCAUUACGAACUUCUUGCACCCUCUUACUGGGGACAAACACCAGCCAAUUGUUGAAACCCUGGCCACAAGUUUGGGGAUCAUCACAUGUGUUGUCAGUCGGAAGGCCCUCUUCAAGUGUGAUGACUUCUCUGCUGCCUGUGGCCCCCUGUACAGGAAGUUCAGCAUCAAGUGCACACUGUGUGACGAGCUGCAAGGAAAGACUGAUGGAUGCAGCUCCCAGAAGGAGAGGUCAAAGAGUGUUGACCCGGCGCUGUUCAGUCCAUUCCUGCAGCUCCUGGAGAUAGGUGAUGUGACUAUUAAGAAAGCCUUCAUCAAGAGCAUUAGACAGAUGUUCAGUCACAUCAGUAUUCGGUCCCACAACCAAACCACAGUGGCCAUGUUGAAUCAGUGUCUCGGGCUGGUAGAAGACACGGACCAUCAAGUCAGGACACGUUUCAGUGAGGUGAUUCAGCACCUGCUGGGAGAGGAGGGAGAGGGAGAGAUGAAGGGAGGCGUGGACAACAUCAUCAUGAACAGACUUCAGCAGGUCUACUUCCAGGCCCGGUCCGACAACAACAUCAGGCUCCAGGAGACUGUGCUGUACACCAUCGGGCAACUUGGCAGGGUUGCAGAGAAGGACAUCCUCCUGGUGGUGCUGGUGAGCUUGCUGGAGAGCCUGCUGUCAGCCAUACCACUCACAGCCGCCACUGCCUACCAUGAGCUGCAUGCUAUAGCUGAUCAUAAGAAGAUGAGCACUCAGAACCUGCUCAGCAAGUUCCGACAAGGCAUAUGCAAGUUUCUUGUGGAGGCCAUGCAUGAUGCAGCCACAGGGAGCGGGGACAACACCCCAGAGGUUAUUCUACACAAGGUGGCCAGAGCUCUCAAGUACCAGGAUGUCAAGAUGUUCCUGCAGGGAUCUGAGAAACACAUCGUCCCGUUCCUUGUGAGCAAGGCCACUCCAGUUGCCUCGAACCUCCUGAAGAUGAUCUCCACACUCCUGAACAUCAAUACACGACGUCUGCUCCUGGUGCACAACAUGAAGUAUAUCUUCUCCUAUCUGGUCAGACUUUGCCAAGCCGCUGAGUUGGAGAAAGCUCUGGCAUUUCUACAGAGUGAGGCCAACAUGGACCUUGGCAAGCUGAUCCGCCUCGAUUUCCAGCGGCUCCACAACGAGCUGCUGCUUCAUCUCAGCUCCAACUACCAACAGGUGUUCAAUGGUCUGAGAACCCUGUCAUCUUACGAUGGUCAUUACCAAGGACCCAAGGACAUCACCACACCAGAACAGAUGGCUGACUAUCUGGAACCUCGUCUGCUUGGUGUCCUGGCAUCUUUCGACUCCCAGCUGGUCAACCCAAACACUCCCCUGGAGGACAAGCAGCUGGCCAUGGAGAGUCUGAUCGCCAUUAUUCAGCUGAUGGGGUCCAAGCACAUUAGCUCCAUCAGACACAAGGUGAUGAACACACUCAGACUUGGUCGACAGUUUGUAGAGACAUCAUGUCGAGCCUGGAACGGCUUUGUUAGAAGCCUUGAGUUGCCCCUUCUGGGGACAAUGCUGUCUCAGAUUGUGGCGACACUGCUGCCGUUGCUGCAUGAACUUCCAAAACAAGUGGCAGAUAUAUUCACAUACAUGAUCGUUGAAAACAGGUCAGCCCUCCACCAUCACUUCCACGAGGUGUACUUCCUCCCCGACGUCCCCGAAUUGAGUGAUGCUAAUGCGGUACUGAAACAAUAUGCUGAUGGACCCUCAAGCCAAUCCGACCUGAGAACACAGCUAGCCCACUCGGUACAGGGCAUCAAACAUGAGAAUAUUGAUGUGAGGAGACGAGCACUUUCAAAACUCCGAAAACUUCUUCGAGAGGACAAGGAUACACUGAAUGAGUACAUCAUGGGGAGUGAAGUUGCUGACCCCAUCAUAUCUCAGCUGGUGACAGUUCUGAUGGCUGGGUGUCGAGAGUCUGACAGUGAGGCAGAAUUGCUGUAUGCUGAAUGUCUUGGUGAACUUGGUGCCAUUGAUCCUGGCAGACUCGAGCUGAUGGGGAACAACCCCAAGGAGGAAAUGACGAAGUUCAAGGCUACGGUGGAAGAUGACAACUUUGCUGUGGGUCUCAUCAAUGAGGCCCUCAAAGCCUUCCUGUCGGCUACAGAGCCCAGAGUCCAGGACUGUUCGGCCUUCGCUCUACAAGAUCUGCUGCAAAUCUAUGAAAUCUCUGAAGGGAAGGAAAGCGACAAGACCCCAAACAAGCUCUGGAGGAGAUUCCCGGAACACAUACAGGAGAUUCUCAUACCCCUGCUGACAUCAAAAUACAAGCUGGCAUCGGAAGCAGUGUGGGACAAGUGCCCCAAGCCCAUCUACCAGAGUGCCAAGGGAGGUAACUUCAAGGACUGGGUCAGCAACUGGACUGGCUACCUCAUACAUCUCACAUCGAGGCUGAACCCUGGCAAGACUGCGCGAGUAUUCCAGGCGUGUAGUGCUUGUAUCCGUCACAACAUCCAGGUGGCGCUGUAUAUCCUGCCGCACGUGGUGGUGCAGGUCUUGCAGGAUGGACGGAGCGACGACAUACAAGAGAUCUACUCUGAGAUACUUGAGGUGAUCAACCAGGUGAAGAAACCCGACACUCGACAUCGAAGCCCGUCUGACUUCCGCCACAAGAGUGCCCAGACAGUGUUCUCCGUCCUGGACUACCUGGCCAAGUGGUGCCGGCACCGAGCACAGGCCAAGCCAGCGGCCAACUCCAGCACUAGACAGGCCAGCUACCUGAAUGAUGCUGGAUACAACGCUGUCAAUGACUUCCUCGAGCGUGUUCCCAAGGACAGUUUGGCUGAGGCCAGUGUCAACUGCAAGGCAUACACCCGAGCCCUAAUGCACUUCGAACAGUUCGUCUCACAUAAAGACAGCAAUCUUCAAAAACACCUUGAUUUCGUCCAACGCCUGUAUGUUGCUAUGGAUGAGCCAGACGGAGUUUUGGGUGUGGCAGCCAUUAGACAGACACCGUCAACACUGAUGCAGCAGAUACUCACCCAUGAGAGUCUUGGCCAGCAGCAGGAUGCCCAGGCGUGCUAUGAGCAGGCGAUCCAGAAGGAACCGGAUGAAGUCAGCCACCACCAGGGUCUGCUGGCCAGUCUGAUGGAACUGGGUCAGCUGAACAAAGCACUGCUGCACACCACGGGGGUCAUCGCCGAGAAACAAUCAUGGAAAGGCCAGCUGAACGCCUACAGGAUCGAGGCCUCCUGGAAGUUGGGGAGUUGGGAUAAGCUGGAGAUGUUUUGCCAUGGAGAGACUCACCGGCGGAACUGGGCAGUGGGCGUGGGCAGAGUGCUGCUGGCAGCUAAGGACAAGAAGGAGGAAGAGUUCUGUAAGCAGCUGGAGAUAAUUCGACGUGAACAGAUGGGGCCUUUGUCUGCGGCCAGCAUGGAGAUGGGGUCAUACCAUCGAGGAUAUGAGAAUAUUUGCAGACUGCACAUGUUGAAUGAGAUCGAGCAGGUGAUGAGAGUGUUGCGGGAUUUCCCCGUCCACUGUGUAGACUCUGGCGACUCUGCUGUCAAGAUGGCGCCAGAAGAGCUGAUCAAGCAGUGGCAGGAACGCAUACAGAUGUGUCAGUCGUCUUUCCGAAUCCAAGACCCUAUUCUGACCUUGAGGCGGACCCUGUUGACUCUGUGUCAGUCGGACCAUGACCUCAGCACCAUGGUGGGCAAGUCUUGGCUCUGGAGCACCAAGGUGGCCAGGAAAUCAGGAUAUCUCCAGACUGCAUACAGCUGUCUCCUACAGGCCAGCGCCUUCAGUCUGCCAGAGCUGUUCCUGGAGAAGGCCAAGUGGCUCUGGGAAAAGGGCAACAACGAUGAAGCACUGACGUGUUUGGAGAAGGGUAUUUCUGUCAACUUCAGUAACAUGUCCCAGCUGAAGAUGGACAACUCGGAUGAGGGCAAACAGAAGAAGAAGACAUAUGCUCAGGCCUUGUUGCUGUAUGGGCGUUAUAGUGAGGACACCUCCAGUCUGGAGAGCAAUGCCAUCAUGAAGCAGUACAAGGAUGUGAUCGACAUCUACCCCCGGUGGGAGGAUGGCCACUUCUACCUGGCUAAGUACUACGACAAAAUCAUGAUGGCUCUCAUUGAUGACAAGGAGAAACCAGAGAAACAGGGAGAAUUCAUCAUCUAUGUGGUGAAGUUCUUCGGGCAGUCCCUGCAGUACGGCAACCAGUACAUCUACCAAUCCAUGCCACGCCUCCUCAGUCUCUGGCUGGACUAUGGCACCACCGUCGUGGACUCCGAGAAGAAGGAGCGUGGAAAGAACUCGCAGAAACUGCAGGCACAACGGACCAUUCUCAGCAGAAUCAACAAGAUUAUCUCGACGCUGGGUCGCCAGCUGCAGCCGUACCAGUUCUUCACAGCCUUCCCCCAGCUGAUCUCCCGCAUCUGCCACGCCCACCCGGAUGUGUUCCAGCAGCUGCAGGACCUGAUCGCCAACGUGCUGGUGCUGUACCCCCAGCAGGCCAUGUGGAUGUUGAUGGCGGUGUCGAAGUCUUCCUAUGCGAUGAGAGUCAAAAGAUGUCAACAGAUCUUUUCUACAUCAAAAGAAAACAAUCCGAAUCUCCACAAGUUCAUCAUGGAUGCGACUAGGCUGACGGAACGACUGCUGGAGUUGUGCGAGAAGAACUAUGGGCAGUCCACCACACUGAGUAUGUCCACACACUUCAAACCCCUGAAGAGACUCCUGGAGGACGAUAACUUCAGCUCUAUUCUGCUGCCACUGCAGUCCGCCAUGACGGUCAAGCUGCCCAAUGUCCUGGGCGUUGCUUCCAACCACAAUGCCUUCCCAGACAAACAAGUCUACAUCAAGGGCUUCGAUGACACGAUUGAAAUCCUGCCGUCACUCCAAAGACCCAAGAAGAUCACCCUGAUUGGCAGCGAUGGCAAGUUCUACAACAUGAUGUGUAAACCAAAGGAUGAUCUCCGCAAGGACUGUAGGCUGAUGGAAUUCAACACCAUUGUCAAUAAGUUCCUCCGCAAGGAUCCGGAAUCAAGAAGAAGAAAUCUUCACAUCAGAACCUAUACUGUGGUUCCCCUGAAUGAGGAGUGUGGGCUGCUGGAGUGGGUGAACAACACGAGUGGGCUCCGCUUCAUCCUGCUCAAGCUGUACCGGGAGAAGGGGAUCUACGUCAACGGCAAGGAGCUCAAGACCAUGAUGCCCAGCAUUCACGCCCCUCUGGAGACGAAGAUGCAGAUCUUCCGGGAGAAGCUGCUUCCCCGUCAUCCUCCUGUGUUCAAUGAGUGGUUCCUGCGGACAUUCCCGGACCCAACAUCCUGGUACAAUGCCCGUCUGGCCUACGCCCGCACGUCAGCUGUGAUGAGCAUGGUGGGAUACAUUCUGGGUCUCGGCGAUCGACACGGGGAAAACAUUCUGUACGACUCCACCACAGGGGACUGUGUGCACGUGGACUUUAACUGUCUCUUCAAUAAGGGUGAGACGUUUGAGUGGCCAGAGCGAGUGCCCUUCCGCUUGACUCACAACAUGGUCGGUGCUCUGGGUCCGAUGGGGGUGGAGGGGAUCUUCCGACAGGCAUGUGAGGUGACGCUGCGAGUGAUGAGGAACCAGAUGGACCCUCUCAUGAGCAUCCUGAAGCCCUUCAUCUACGACCCCUUGGUCGAAUGGAGCAAGCCUGCCAGGGGUCAAAGGUCAAAUCCAACUGAAUCGGGAGAAAUCUCCAAUGAGCAGGCCAUGAAUCAUGUCCAGAACAUUGAACAUCGCCUGAAGGGAAUCCUGAAGAACAAGACGAAACCAAGAGGGCUGCCCCUUUCCAUCGAGGGACACGUCAACUAUCUCAUUAAGGAAGCCACAGAUGAGAAGAACUUGAGUCAAAUGUACAUUGGUUGGGCAGCCUAUCUGUAGAGGUCAAGAGGUCACCCUGAACAAGUGGGCACUGGUCAAAAGUGCCUCCGCGACUGGUAGAUGCUGGUUUGGACCAGAUUUCUCCUUACAGUUUUGUUAAUUUAUGCACAUUUCACACAUCAUAAAAAAAUCAUCAGUUAAUAAGGAUAUUAGAAUUUGUUUAUUCUGUUUUCUUUCUAAAUAAUUAUUAAUUUGUUAUUGGAUUUUUGAAAAGAUGAAAAGUUUUCAGCUGUCAUUUUCUGACUUAAUUUAGUGAUGAGUUACAUGACUUGAGUGACUGCCACCCUGUUAGUUAUGCUGAAGCAUGUUGCAUUUGUGUUCAUAUUGUUUUCCAAGAAUAUAACUUUUCCCUACUAAAGGAAACAUUAAAACCUUGGUAUAUGAAA